AUGUCUAACACGACCAAACAAGAGGGUGGAGAGACCCUCACCUCUUUAAAUGAGCCGGACAACCCAAAAUCAGUUCAUGUGACUGAGAAUCCUAGUGUGGGCCGCAUUAUCGGGACUGGCAUUUUUUCGACGCCCUCGUCGGUCACGGAAAGUGUAGGGAGUGUGGGUGCUGCCCUACUUCUGUGGGUCUUGGGAUUCCUUCUAGCUGCUUCUGGUCUUUGUGUUUGGCUUGAGAUGGGCUCUAUGAUACCACGAAGCGGCGGAGAAAAAGUUUAUCUGGAGGCUGUAUACCGUCAGCCAAAAUUGUUAAUCACAAUUGUUUUUGCCGUCCAAGCCGUGGCUCUGGGGUUCACCGCGUCGGGCUGCGUUGUUUUCGCAUCUUAUGUCUGGGUGGCAGCUGGCAAAGAAGCAUCGGAAUGGGAAGAACGUGGAGUAGCGAUAGCAGUGAUUGUGUUUAUCACAAUGUUGCAUACAUUGCUACCCAACUGGGGCGUCCGAGGCAUGAAUGUUCUUGGUGUGUACAAGGUUAUUCUUUUGUUAUUCAUUGUCAUCACCGGCUGGGUAGUACUCGGUGGACAUGUGUCCAGUAUUCCGGAUCCCUACUCUAGCUUCCGGAACUCCUUUGCAGGCUCAGCAACCUCCAGUAACCUUUACGCUAUUGCGCUUUUCAAGGUGUUGAAUUCAUUCUCAGGCUGGUCAAAUGCGGCAUACGUCAUGAAUGAAAUCCGCAAUCCUGUGCGUACCGUGAAAAUCGCGGCGCCGAUUGGGCUAUCGAUCUGUGGGGUCCUAUAUAUCCUAGCAAAUGUCGCGUAUUAUGCGGCAGCCACCCCGGAAGAAAUUGCAAAUAGCGGGACGACAGUGGCUUCGUUCUUCAUGGGAAAGGUGUUUGGCUCAGCAGCCGAGCGUGCAUUGAGUGCCCUGGUAGCUAUAUCUGCCUUUGGUAAUGUUUUGACCGUGACAUUCGCUCAAGCUCGGGUCAAUCAGGAACUAGCCAAAGAGGGUGUCAUUCCGUUUCCCAAAUUCUGGGCAUCAAACUGGCCCUUCGGGUCACCAUCAGCUGGACUGCUGCUGCAUUUCAUUCCAUCCUUCAUCGUCAUCAUUGCAAUUCCCUUUGGCGAUGCGUAUGACUUCAUUCUGGACCUUGAGGGAUACCCCGCUAGCGUGAUCGAUUUUCUGGUUGUUGCUGGACUCUUUUAUCUUCGGUGGACUGCUCCACUCGUGGAUCGACCGUUCCGUGUUUGGUGGCCCGUGGCUUUCUUCUUCAUGGUUGGACAGGCAUUUCAGCUCGUUGCCCCAUUCGUUCGGCCGCCAGGCGGCAAAGGCGAUACUUCUCUUCCAUACUGGUUAUCGUCCGUGGUGGGUAUUGUCAUACUGUUGUUAGGGGUGGUCUAUUGGGCAAUAUGGCGGAAGGUUCUUCCUGCGAUCGGAAGAUACCGCCUUGUCCCAGAGCACGAGGUGCUUUCCGACGGCACAACUGUUGUUUGCUAUAAGGGGGUUAAAUAA